UCAGUAGCUGCGUGUGUAUAAAAUCACUUGCAGUCUGACAGCGUUCCAGUAACCCACACCAUGCAGGCAGCACGAUAUACUUAUUAACCAGCUGCUUGCAUGGCAUGGGUUAACUGAGCCUGUGGGAUUGUGCUUACCUAAACAAAACCACUGCAGUGAGGGGAAAAAACAAUGAAUGGGUGGAGAUGAUCAGCCCAUGCAUUCAAGCUAGUGCAGUCCAGGCAGCAAUGACAGCCUGAAGGUUGCAGCAGCAUCGGGAUCUGCAUUCCAAGUGUACAGAUCGUACAGUCUGGAGAGAUUUUACGUGGAGCUGCUCUUUAUUUGCUGAGCCAUGGCCAGCAACCAGGCCAGCAUGCAGGAUGAUCAGAGCAGGCACUGCAAGUUCUUAUCCUAUAUGUUCUACCAGGCUGUGAGAGAUCACAAGCCUGUGUGGAUGCUGGAAGACAUGAGAACUAUGGAGUAUUUUUACUGGGAGGAGAAUGCCAGCCUAAGAACGUACUCACCUUCAGAAGCCCUUCUCUACGCAGUAGUGCAUAACCACCUGCCUUAUGCUCAGUAUCUGCUGUCUCAUUUUCCAGAGGAGGCUCUCAAGGUACCCGGAGAACACUUCUGCUAUUGUCCAUCCUCUGCUCCUCACUUGGCCAUGGCGGUCACAUACGACAGGAGAGAUAUCUUGGGGCUGAUCAUCAAAAUUGCGCACAAGCUCCCCAGCUUAAACUCGUACAUCAACAGGACUGGUUGCUUUCAUCUGGAAGAUGGGAAAACCCCCUUGCACCUCGCCUGUGAACUGCUGAGGUCAGAGACAGUCCUCAUCCUCCUCGGCAACGGAGCUUCUCCCAGGAUAGAGGACAGUAAAGGGCUUACCCCCCUGGAUGUCAUCCUGGAACAGAUGUGGGACUCCAAAGUCAACAUGGCAACAAAGAAGCUCUGCCUUGACUACCUCUUGCUCUUCAUGCCCAACCCACAAUUUAAGAUGCAGAAAGUUCUACAGGAUCAUCCAGAACACUGGACAGCUUUGCUGGGAGAAGAGAAAUUCAACAGCCUGGUGGGGAACACGCCUGCUUCUUUAUAUCUGCAAGCUAUGCAAACUAUUCUCCAGACUCUGCCUCCAUCCCACUUUCCUAAAAGCAUCCAGGAACUACCUAUACCUCAGGCACUAAAGCCCUUACCAUCCUAUGGCAAAAAGCAAUCGACAAAAAAUGUGCACCAUUAGCAGGGAGGACAGGCCAGAAUCUGACCUCAGUUGCAUCUCUUUACACCCGACUUUUUAAGUCAAUUGCACCACUGCUGAUGUUUGCUGGUAUAAAAGAAAACAGAAUCUGUGCACGUAUUCUUCAAGACUCCAUUAACUCUGACUUCAGCUUACAAACAAAAGUGAUACUCAAUCCCCGAAAGCAUUUUUUAACAUUUUUCAUACUUUGAAUGUAUACAGAUACAGACAUUCUCUAACACUGAUGGGCACUUUCCUCUUCCCUGUUCCCUUGGCUUUCGUUGGCUUUAGCGUGACAGGGACUGACGCUGUUGUUUACUGAUUACAACUGAAUGUUCCAUGCCCGAGUACAAAUGAAUGUUCAUGAUACAAAUCAACUUUCUUACAAAGCCAUACUUUUGUAAUUUUGAUUUCUCUUUUUUUUUUUAGGGAAAAAAAAAAUCUUCCAUAUAAUUGUAUAUACGUUACUCACCGCAUGAUUAAAGAGAAACAGACUGCAAUGUGUGCUGGGAAUAAUAUAUGCAUAUUUAUAUAUAUAUAUACCCCAAAAUAACAGCUGUGACAAUUAUUUAAUUUG